GUUUAGAAAACCAUUGUGCCCACUGAAAAAGAAAACCCCAGACCAAUGGCUCUCAAGCUUUUUGAGCAUAUGGACCCCUUUUCAAUCUAUUACGAUUUUAUAGACCCUCCCAUAUAAUAUAGCUGUGCCUGCAGCCUGCACAUCCCUCAGCCUGUGCUACUUCCUGAGCCGCAUCCCUCAGCCCAUUGUGGAAGCAGCGUGGGCCGAGGGACUUGCUGGCUGCCAGCACAGAGCCGGCAGGAAGCAACAUGGGCUAAAGGACAUGCUGGCUGUGAGAGACUCAGUACAUUUAUUUUAUUUUCUAUUUUAAGCUUUCUGAGGAACCCCUACAGUACCAUCACAGACUACCAGGGGUCUGUGGACUACAGGUUGGGAACCACUGACAUGGACCAUACUCAGGAUCUUCAGUGUGAACUUUUUCCUCUUUUUGUGGGAGCUGCUUUUCAAAAGGGUCAUAUCAAAAGUUUCAGGCCAGAUUUACAAGGGGACUUUAAUACCAUGCAUAAAACAGGAGGAGAUAGUGGUUGUGAAGAGCCCACCUACCUUUUUUUUACCCAAUAGUCCAGUAAAGGGCACUCGCCUGGGAUGUAUAAGACCUAGGUUUAAAUCUCCAGUCAGAACAUGGACUUGGUCUCACAUCUCUCAGGUGAUUGACGUAUUCACAAGUCUCUAUUGGGCUAUUCUGGGAUGGAUCAAUCACUUGUAGAAGCUGUUCCACUUAGCAUAAAUAUAUAUUCAUUAGACCACAGAGUAAUUAAAUAUUCAUGAGAUGGUUAGAGCACUCACCUGGGAGUGGAGACACCCAAGUUCCAGUCCCUACUCCAAAGAAUGUUUACACAAAGCAGACUAACUUCAACAGUAGAGACAGAGAGAGCUAAUCACAUAAUAGCCAAUAACUUGUUGGAUAGGGCACUGACCUUGGAUAUGGGCUAUUGGGCAUAAUAAGACCAUCACCAAUCCAUGAUUGGCACCUAAAUUCCCACGUAAUGUAGCCCGAAAAAUUUAAGUGUUUAAUUUUGAAUUUUAAUCUAAAUUUUUCUUAAUUUUCCCCCAGUUAAAAUUUUCCAAAAUCAACAAGAAUUUGUUAAAAAUGUCAGUUAAUCCAAAUCUGCAUAAGGUUCUGUUAAAAAAAAAGUGUCCAGCUCUACAUUUUAGACAAAUGGAAAUGUUUUAUUCCAAUUAUUGAUAGUUUUAAAAGGUUGGACAUACCACCUGCCAACAUCAAGAAAUAAAACAAAAUAGCUGAGCAGUACUAGAAGACAAGUUAAAAGUGAACAGGUAUUUCUUAAUGAUGGACAGAGUUUGGUUCUUAUUACCUUCAAUAGCAAAAAAAAAAAAAAAAAAAAAAUCAACCCUCAGUUCAAGACUCACGUCCUAGAAUAUGUUAUUUUUCCAUGCAACUAUUCAAGAUUUUCUUUUACAUGUCUCAAACAACUUCAUAGUAAAAUCUUCAAGGCAAUAACCAGCCAAAAUGUUUAGAGAUGAACUUUUUUUUACCUCUAGAGAUGAAUGCUACGUCAGUUGUACAUGUGUAGUAAUAGAACAGUGAUUAACUGAGGCAAAGAUCCUAAACUUGAUUUCUUAAUUAUGGAUAGUAAACUGGAUUUUAAUUGAUAUAAAAUAAUCUAUGAUAUAUAUUGCUUCAGUUAUGUAUGCAUGCAUAUGAGUGUAAGUGUCAAGACUAUGAUAAAACUUCCAUCUUAGGGCAGGGCUACUCAACACGGAGCCCCAGGCCGCAUGCGGCCCCCAGCCCAUUUGUUUGCGGCCUGUGGUGCAGGUUGGGUUUAUGCAGGACUUAACACACGGCCCGCGGGUGAGAUCCUUUGAAUAUGGCCUCCACUGGGAACACACUCCUUAACGGCUUUGGUCCCUUUCGACAACACCUUGUUAACUCGAGCUGGGAAGCAGUGAAGGAGAUGUCUAUGUUAGGCCUUGGUGAAAACAUAGAUCUACACAUCAUGCAACUGCCCGUGGCUUACCGAAAAGCAAAGGAACUGGUGUGCAAGAUAUGGGGGACUCUUCAACCACUGCUUACUGUCCACAUUGGACUGUCUUCAUCUGCCAAAGCGAUCAUCCUUGAACAGUGUGGGAAGAACAAAGGCUACAAAGAGAUGGAUGUGUGUGGUUUUUGCCCAGAAGGUGGUUGUUGUCUGUCAGAUGGCCCAGAAAGGAUUGAGUCUACAAUUGAUAUGAAAACUCUCUGGAAAAAUAUUUCGGUGGAAGGGAUUGAUAUUGUCUUUUCAAGAGAUGCAGGAAGGUACAUCUGUGAUUAUAUCUAUUACACCUCUCUGUAUUACGGUAAUGGAAGAGCAGCUUUUAUCCAUGUGCCACCAUUAUCCAAAUGGGUAACAGCAGACUUUCUAGGAAGAGCCCUACGGAUGAUUAUCUUAGAGAUGUUAAAGCAGUGUGGACAAAAGACAGAAUAAAAAGGAUGGUUUAUAGAAGACAUUCAAGUUUCUCAAAAUACAAUAAAAUUAUUUUGCCUUCCUCAGCAACCCAUAAGAUUUAAAAAAAAAAAAAAAAAAUCAAACAUUACUUCUGAUUUAGGGUACAAGGAAAAUUCUCAAGAAAAUAGUAUUAAAAAGGUUACCUUGCUCAGCUCUCAAAGACUUGUUAAAAAGAUACGAAAGGGAAGUGGUUUAACACACACUUGGAAAGUUGGUUUCUGAUAUCUGAUAUGCAGUUUGACUUUGUACAUCUUACUUACAAAAAUUCAGUGACGUGCACGAUUAUAACCAUACAAAAUUUCAACUUCAUCUAUACACGAGGGAAAUUUUUCUCCCAAGGCCAGUAGAAUAGAUCCGAGCCAUAUAAAAUGUGCCUAUAAAAAGUUUGUAUUUUGGGAUGAAAAUUACAUGCAAUGCUCCCAUCUUGUGGGCCUUUAAAAUCAACCUCCCUCCAGAAAAGUUUCCCUUUUAUGAGCCAAGAUACAGUCACCUCCUCAAAACACACAAAGCUUUCCAGUGGCAGGCCCACACGCAGGCGGGAUGCGAAUGCACUCCCCAUGGUUCCCCAUGAGGCCAAUCCUGGCCAGGCUGGGGUGCACACUGCCCAAGCUGGUUGGGGAAGACUGCAGCUGAUCUCCCUACUCCCCGAUCAAUGCUGGGGGGGGGCUCUUCCCGCAGUUUCCAGCACCCGUGGCCAGCGAGCUGCUGCCUGGCGCCGCUUCAACUCUGCUUGAGCUAGGCUGGGUAGGGUUGCUGGUGCUAAGGUGCAAGGCAAAGGCCCCAUGAGCCCCAUUUCCUCUAGGCCAGGUCCCAGGGAUCAGAGCUGUAGCCAGCAGAGGUUGUGAGGCGUGGCUGCUCUCCCUCGUGGUCACUGCAGCUGCUUGCCCGCUUCUCAGCUACUGCCUGGCCUCGGGACACAGGUACAUGUCACUCCAGAGAGCGCCUAGAGUCACGCCGCCCUUCCUCUCCAGCGUGUCUUCGUCCCCCAGUGCCUGAGGCUUCACAACCCAGCUUCUGGUGGCUUGUAAAAGUCCUGCACCACGUGGGACAUCCCCAAUCCUCCAGUUAUGGUUGGUGGGAUUCCGUCUUUUCCUCUGCCCUGACUGUGCCCAGCAUUACACAUCCUGCAAAGCCAGGUCCUGCUCCUAGCCCCAAGACCGGAGGUUCCUGUUUUGCAUUCCAAUAGAUCCAUUUACAUUCGCACCAGAAAUGGUCACAGAAAUGUGCCUAGUUUGAACAUGCAAUGAAAUGCAAAGAAGUCAUCCUCAGUCUCUAAAAUACCGGAACCUACAACAGCAAAAGACCCAUACACUACAGUAACUGUUGUGAGCUACAGUGUUUGAGUUCGUUGCCUUAGAACAGGGGUCUCCAAACUACGGCCCGCGGGCCGGAUGCGGCCCGCGAGGCCCUCUCAUCCGGCCCGUGGAGACCUUUUUGUCUACGGAAAAAAAAUUACGGAA